CCGAGUACAGUGUGCCAGGAGACAUGGCCACUACGUCACAACAAAAAUAUAUCGAUUACUCACCUCCGAAGACGCCAUCAGCAGUACCAAAAACACCAGAAAUAAAGCUUCACACUUCACCAUCUCCAUCAACGUCAUCGUGGAUCAGCGACGCGGGACACAUCGCACCGGGCAAAAGUAAGGGAAACUUAUUUGCCGAAUUGUCGUCACCAUUAACGUCUGUUCCAUUAGUGGGCGUUGUCCCCGAAGGAAGCGUCCCGAUACAGAGUGCCACUGGCAAGAAACAAAAGCGCCCCAAAAACAAACCAACGAAGCACGGGGAGGGUAAGCGGUUGAAGGAGCAGCACCAGCCGGCUACGAUGCAACAGCCACUUUCAAUGUCUAACGCACAACAGGCUAGAAAUCCAUUCGCCAUGUUCCCAGGACCGAAUGUUCAGGGAAGCAGUCGACCUUAUCCGGAUCCGAGCAGCUACGGCAAGUAUCUGAACCAAUCGCUACAGGCCGUUACCGGUCUGCGUGCUCCCAUGCCGUUUGGCAUAUUUCCACUUCCUUCUGGACCUGGUCUGAUACCGGACACUCCGCUGUUCUCCACCGCCUUUGGAACGCAUCCGGGAGCUCCUGGAUUCCCGAUGCCACCCAACCAUUUCGGUCUCUCUGCCAUGAAUCGUUUCAACGAGAUGAAUCUUCUGCGCAUGACGCGACCGAUUAUUGGACGCGGACCUCCGAUGGGUGGCGCGGGCCAUCUACAGCCUGAGCUGUACGACGAACCACUCGACCCAGAAACAAAACUUGCUCAAACACCACUGGAUCUGCAAAAGUCCACGUGCAACGUGGCGCCGUUAGUGCCGCCAUCACUGCAGCUUUUCCCUUCAACAAAUAGCACUGAUGCUUGUAUCGGUGCUGACGACGAAUCGCUCAAUUUGUCCACUAACCAGAAACUGAUUACCGCUUCGAUGACUAGCAAAUCAGAGCCGUCUGCUUCUCAGCGUGAGCCUUUACUGAGGGACAUUCCGAGGGGAGGGGAGUACGAGAUGCAAUCUAAGCCGGAUGUAAUUACUACUCCUCAGAGUAGCCGAGCCCACAAGGAGGAUCAAGUAGUAAUUUUGCCCGCGGCCAGUGUGCUUCCAGGUGCAAGCCCUCCUCAGCGUUCAAAGAUGGUUGUGAUUGACAUCGAAGAUUCAGACGGCAGCCAGUCUACAGCAACCACCAGCAAGGAUGGCAAGCGGAAGUCUAAGGAACAUAAAAAAGAUCGCAAAUUGAAGGAGGGUAAGCUAAAAAAGAAAAAGGAUAAAAAAGACAAGAGCAAGAACAAGGAACGCGAACGGGAGCAACUGGAAGAACAGGCCACUGGAACAUCAACAUCAUCUGGUAUGAUGACUAUGGGUAUUAUUGGUGCAGAAGAAGCGCUGCAGGUGCAGCUGCGUAAGGAACGCAAAGAGAAAAAAGAAAAGCGCAAAGACAAGGCCAAAAAAGAGAAACGGAAGGAGCGGGAACGUUUUCUAGUUGCGACCGAUGUUGGAGGAUCGUGCAGUGGUCCAUUGACAUCGCAAAGUGCUAACCUAUUAACUUCAAGUGGUACAUCAAGCGCAUCCGUCCCUAAGCUGAUGCUAAAAAUCGGGGGCUCAAUAGCCACAGCUUCACCUCAACCUGAUUCUCAUGAAAAAGGACACGUACUCGCAGAGCACGGUCAUUCGGCUACAGCAACGUUGGCAGCGAUGCUCGGUGAUGACGCGAACCGCGAUGGUUCUCCGGAACUCGCUCGUAUUUCGGCGCUUGUUACCCGUCCACCAAAGCUAAAGAUAUCAGGUGCCGGUGUAGGAAUUACCAGUGGAAAGAAUCGAAAAGAGGAGUCACUAGCAAAACUCACGUCGGGAGUGACACUAACACCGGCGGGCGAUGGCGCAAAAUUGGCGCUACAGAACAUGGACGAAAGCGAUGAUUCUUUGCCAACUCUCGGCACUACUAAGCAUUUGUCUGGAACCACCAAUUCCUCCACUAGUGGAAGCAUAACUUCUCCCGUAGCCAGCAGCUCUGGCGAUGGCAACGCUCCUUCUCGUAGCAGUAGCACUGGUGUAACGAUGGGCUGUGCUACAAAUCCGCCGAAUCGUAGCAAAUCUAAUCAACGCCUUCACCCGUUAGGCGUUGGUGAGCUAACGCAUAGUAAAGGCGCUAGCCUGAUUACUGAAGGGUCUAAAAAGGUGCACAAGGAAUCGAAGGUCAACAAGGUGUUCGCCACCACCCAUAACCAACAGCAAGCGGUGGCGACGAGCUCAGCAAGUAGUGCACCCGCUCAAAUGACUGAUGUUGAUGGCAACACUGUGUGGAUCUGCCCGGCGUGUGGCCGCGUAGAUGAUGGUACACCGAUGAUUGGGUGCGACGGUUGCGAUGCCUGGUAUCACUGGGUAUGUGUUGGGAUUCUGGUGCCACCUGAAGAUAACGAGGAUUGGUAUUGUCGCGUUUGCAUAGGCAAGAAACAGGAUCCACACGUAGACGAGCGACAACGCAAACGCAAGAAAAAGGAUAAGAAAACCACUAAGGACUAAGAAGAGAAUUU